AUGCUUCGCCGGGUAAAGAGGCUCCGUAAAUUCCUUAGUACAUUCUAUAUAGACUAUAACUACGAGGAGAUAGCACUUAUAAGGAUGAAUAGCGCUAGAUCGAUUACCUUCUUUAUCUUAUUAUUAAGGCUAAGCACGGCUCUUUAUAAUCUACGUCGCCUAAAGAAACCUAAAGCGAAGCCAAUUCUAUAA